CCAGAUUGUGGGAAAAGCUUUAGUCGUAGUGCCUACUUGGUUACACACCAGAGAACUCACACUGGGGAGAAACCGUAUGAGUGUCCAGAUUGUGGGAAAAGUUUCAAUAAUUAUUCUAACCUUGUGAAACACCAGAGGACUCACACCGGAGAGAAACCAUAUGAGUGCCUAUACUGUGGGAAAAGUUUCCAGCAGAAUUGCAAUCUGGUCAUACACCAGAGGAUUCACACAGGAGAGAAACCAUAUGAGUGUCCAGAUUGUGGGGAAAGUUUCAUUCAGAACUCUAACCUGGUGAUACAUCAGAGGACUCACACUGGGGAGAAACCGUAUGAGUGUUCGGAUUGUGGGAAAAGUUUCAAUAAUAAUUCCAGCCUUGUGCAACACCAGAGGACUCACACCGGAGAGAAACCAUAUGAAUGUCUAUACUGUGGGAAAAAUUUCAGUCAGAACUCUAAUCUGGUGAUACACCAGAGGACUCACACAGGCGAGAAACCAUAUGAGUGUCCGGAUUGUGGGAAAAGUUUCAGUCAGAACUCUAACCUUGUGCAACACCAGAGGACUCACACUGGGGAGAAACCAUAUGAGUGUCCAGAUUGUGGGAAAAGUUUCAAUAAUAAUUCUGCCUUUGUGACACACAUGAGGACUCACACAGGAGAGAAAACACAUAAGUGUCCGGAUUGUGGGAAAAGUUUCCAGCAGAAUUCCAAUCUUCUCAUACACCAGAGGACCCAUACAGGAGAAAAACCGUAUGAGUGUUCAGUUUGUGGGAAAUGUUUCAAUCAGAAUUCCAACCUGGACAGACACCAGAGGACUCACACAGGAGAGAAACCAUAUAAGUGUCCUGAUUGUGGUAAAAGUUUUAGUCAGAAUGGCAACCUGGUGAUACACCAGAGGACUCACAUGGGAAAUAAACCCUGUGAGUGUCCAAAUUGUGGGAAGGCUUUCAGUUGCAAUUCUGACCUGGUGAGACACCAGAGGAUUCACACAGGAUGAGUGCUUGGAUUGUGGGAAAAGUUUC